GGGACAAAUACACAAAUAGAUAUGAAUUAUGAACCCAACACAAAUCACGAUCGGCCAGAAAAGAUAAAAGAUAUAUGCCGUAGAGCUACGGAGUAGAACAAUAGAAUGCAAAAUUUAAAUGUUAAGCAGGAGAAAAACUAUUAUAAGGAAGUUAAGAUGUAGCGUACAUAAACUAUUUAAAAUCACGUGCUCAUCGGUGUGUUUACAUUACUAUGUUACCAAAUAAUACUUUGUCGGUAAGACUGUAUGAAGUCGGAUUGUUUUCGUCGACGGACCAACUUCUGGUUGUGGACACAUGGUUUUUCCUUGCUCCAAAUGUGAAUCUUAGUUUGAGCAUCCAAUGAAAACAUGGCAGCACUUUGGAAUCUUGGCAACAGCAUCAGUCAACAGUCAGUUUUGGUUACAGCGUCAAUCCAAUAUCUAUCUAUGAUUCCUUUGAGGACGACAUACAAAGGCUACAGCACCGUGGCUAAUGUACAAGCACUGGCCGGCUUCUUGAAGGGCGCCCCUCACAGAAAGCACCCGGGCGUGACAGCCCUGAAGACAGUGCACCUUCCGGAGGAGCUACAGAAGGGGGCGCUGUCCAUCGUACAUGGGGCAGCACUGAGGGAUCUUACCGAGCAGGCACGCAGACUCAGCAACUUCCUGUGGAGCCGGAAGAGGCCCGUGGAUGAAGAGAAGCUUAGGGAAAGGGCCCUCGCUAUGGAGAAAGCCCUCUGGGAGCAGGAGAUGGAAAGCAGAGCAGACACAGACAGUCAUCUGGCAGAAAUGCACAUUCGGAAGAAGGUAUUAUCAGCUCUGAAAAAAACAACGUACCACUGGACUCCACUGAGGUAUGAUGAUGAACUGUGUGUGGUGUACCUGGCCGCUCGCUUGGCAGCAGGCUAUGCGGCAGUGAGGAGAGCAUUGAAUGAGAUAAAGAAGCGAGACCCCACAUUCUCCCCUUUUUCUCUUCUGGACUUCGGUUCUGGUCUCGGAACCGUGGUUUGGGCGGCACGUACGACUUGGGGCGACUCUCUGAAAGAGAGCGUGUGUGUGGACAGUUCCAAGGCCAUGAACACACUGGCUGAGCGACUACUCCGAGGUGGUAGUGACAAGGAGGACCCAUUGAUCAAACAGGUCUACUUUCGACAGUUCCUUCCAGUCUCCCCCAAGGUGCAGUUUGACCUGGUGACCAGCGCGUUUGGUCUGUCGGAGCUUCCCUCCAAGCAGGAGAGAACAGAGACGGUUCUGACGCUAUGGAGGAAGACUCAUUCCUAUUUGGUCCUGGUGGAAAACGGGACUAAGGAAGGUCAUCAGAUCCUGAUGGAGGCCAGAGACACGGUACUGAAGGUGGGUGACACACGCACGCUCACAGACGCACACACACAGAGAAGGGACACGGUACUGAAGGUUGGUGACACACACACGCUCACAGACGCACACACACAGAGAAGGGACACGGUACUGAAGGUUGGUGACACACGCACGCUCACAGACAAACACACACAGAGAAGGGACACGGUACUGAAGGUGGGUGACACACGCACGCUCACAGACAAACACACACAGAGAAGGGACACGGUACUGAAGGUGGGUGACACACGCACGCUGACAGACGCACACACACAGAGAAGGGACACGGUACUGAAGGUGGGUGACACACGCACGCUCACAGACAAACACACACAGAGAAGGGACACGGUACUGAAGGUUGGUGACACACGCACGCUCACAAACAAACACACACAGAGAAGGGACACGGUACUGAAGGUGGGUGACAUACGCACGCUCACAGACAAACACGCACAGCAGGGGGAAGAGAAAGCGACGGACCGCAGGCGUCCUUUGGUGUUCGCCCCGUGUGCACACCAGUUACCCUGCCCCAAGCUGGCACAACAACCCCAAGUGCCCUGUAAUUACCCCCAGCCCUUCUGCCCUCUGCCACUUCCGGAGAACCGUGAACACGAGGUGGAGCGGUUCAGUUACCUGGUCAUGACCCGGCAGGAGCCGGAAGUUGAGAAUGCAGGGCCGGAGUGGGCCCGGCUGACGGGGCCGGUGUUGCGGAGGCCCCGUCACGUCCACUGCCAGCUCUGCUGUGCCGACGGAGAGCUGAGGAGGGUCGUCGUCACCCCCAGCCGGCACGGCAGAGACGUGUACCGCUGCGCCCGGAACAGCGACUAUGGAGAUCGGCUGCCGAUCAUGAAGCCAGAAGUGGAAACCAUCGCGGAAUGAAAGGACCCAUCCAAGACGGGUUUCAAAAUACUCCACAGAUAUAACAAACAACCUGAGAUCAGAGAAAAACAGUCUUCGGAUUUAUGUUUCAGAAUAAAAUGUAGCAGAGCAAAAGAA